GUUCAAGCAUCACACGCCCGAGAACUUAAAGAUCAUCUUGGAUGCGAUGCAGGAGAAGGUGGUGGAAAGUGGCACGCGUCUUAUUCAGCAAGGUGAUGAGGGCGAGGUCAUGUGGGUGAUCGAGGAGGGGGAGCUCGAAUGCUUCAAGAAAAUCGGUGACGAGGAGAAAUCUGUGAAGAAGUGCUCCCGCGGGGACGUCUUCGGGGAGCUUGCGCUCCUGUACAACUGCCGGCGUGCUGCUUCUGUGGUCGCCUCGCAGAAGAGUGUCCUUUGGGAGCUGGAUCGCGAAACCUUCAAGGCCAUCUGCUACGAGGCAGCGCAGAAGGCACCGCCGGAGUAUGAGGGCUUCUCUGCGCCGGGGGGAGCCGCUUCUUCGGCUGCAGCUCCGGCAGUUGCAGAGGCUCCGAAGGAGCCACCAAAGGAGGAGCGAGCCGCUUCCAAGGAGGAUGGUGCAGACUCCGACAGCGAUCCGGGGGACACAGCCGAGUCGGUUCCCAUCCAGCAGGUAAAGAGGCCGGUGGGCCGUCGUACUGGCGUUAGUGCUGAGGCGACAAAGGGCGGUGAGGACAGCUGGACUCCACCUGUGUACGAGAAGACGGCAGAGGAGCGCGCGUCCCUGUCGGAAAUCAUCAAAUCCUCUCGUGACAGCAAGAUUCACAUGCUCUUUGGCACAGUGAACCAGAAGACAUUCGAAAUGAUCCUGGAUGCCAUGUUCAUCAAAAAGAUCAACAAAGGCGAGGACGUGAUCUCGCAGGGUGAGGAGGGAGACUAUUUCUACAUUGUGUUGUUGCAGCCAGGAUUUGCUCUUGCUGGUGCUGCGACGAAGGUAAAGCGCGGGCAGUUUGACAUCUUCGUGAAGAAGGGGGAGGAUCCCCCGAAGAAGACCCUCUCCCAUUUGGCUGAAGCCGUUCUGCUAUUCAAGAAGCAUCCUCGUUGCAACGUAGUUCUGCGCGCAAAUCACAACAUGGCCAAGCUUGGUGUGUUUGCGGCGCUUCUUUUUACCUCGGCAGUGACUGUCGCAGCGGACCUCAGCAGCAACGUCCUCCGCACACGCACGCCCGAGCCGCAGGCCAGCUCGGAACCUCUGGUGGUACGCCUCCAGCGUGUGGAAGGCUUGCACAGCUCUCAUUUCUACGUCGGAAGGUUGGCACUGGGGCAGCCGAAGCCGCAGGAGCUUCAGGUCCUUUUCGACACAGCAUCGGGCCACUUGCUCGUUCCCCACUCCGCCUGCGAAAGCCAAGCCUGCAGGAAGCACAAGCGCUACUCGCCCUUCCGCUCCGCCACCGCCGUGGACGUCAACGCCAACGGCCAGCGCGUGAAGGAGAGGGAGCGCCUCGUUCGCGGGAGGACCAAGAGGGACGCGGUGAUGGUGGAGUUCACACAGGCCGACCUUGGCGAAGGUGCAGCCCGGGCCGUCCUCGUGCACGACGACGUCUGCCUGGGGACGGAGUUCGGUCAUCAGGUCUGCACGAACCUCGACAUUAUGGCCGCCGUGAACAUGGAUGACGAACUAUUCGAUGCUAUGCCUUACGAUGGAAUGCUUGGCUUGAGCCUUGCAGGCCUUUCCACGCAAAGCGGCUGCGUCUUCUUCCAGCGGCUGAUGGAAACGAACCCCUCGAUGUUGCCGCAGUUCGGGCUGUCCUUCGGGGCCCAGUCGGGGGAGAUCUACUUCGGGGGGCACAACUCUGCGCGUUUGGCAGGGGAGCUGAAGUGGUUCUCCGUGCUGCACCCCGAGGACGGCUUCUGGGAGGUGGCGAUCCAACGCGUCUGCCUGGGAAACAUGACGGUGGACUCUUGCCAGGAGGGCUGCCGAGGCAUCAUCGAUACGGGCUCUUCACGGCUCGGUGUUCAGCAGAACAACUUCGAAGCUCUCCGGGCAGCUUUGUCCCAUGCCGUGCCUUUGGUCGGCGGCGGCUGCCAGGGCUCCGAUUUGGAGUUCGACCUCGGAGCGAUGACGCUGAAGCUCCGGGUGGAAGACUACGUCACCGGCUCGGACUGUGAGCCUCAGCUCGGCUCCUUGGACUUGGAUGCCAAGGACUUCCACGGCGUCUUUGCCUUUGGUGAGACGGUCCUCCGCCGGUACUACACCGCCUUCGACUGGCAGGAGAAGCGCAUUGGCUUUGCUCCGGUGGCUCAGCGCCGUGUGCCGCUCGGGAAAGCCGGCACCGGCACCGUCUUCCAGUGUGGGCCGGGCUUCGCCUUCGGUGAGAUGGCCCUGCUGUACACCUGCCCUCGAACCGCCACCAUCACCGCCCAGGAUGAGUCGGAGGUUUGGAGCUUGGACCGCACGGCCUUUCGGAACCUCGUCGUCCGCAGUGCGGAAGCUCAGUUCAAGGAGUCCUGCAGCUUCCUGAACUCUUGCGACAUCUUUGCCACUUUGACCCAGGACCAGAUCUGCUCUCUUGCGGAAGUGCUGGAGGAG